AUGACCUACCACAAGCGGCCCCUCCUGCACCUCCUCAACGAGAGGCUGGGCGUGGGGCUGACGGAGGCGGAGGUCCUGAAGAUAUUCUGCGAUGUGUGCGAUGCUGUGGCCCACCUCCAUCAUGCCAGCCCGCCCAUCAUCCACAGGGACCUUAAGGUUGAGAACAUCCUGUGCGGCAGUGAAGGCUACGUGCUGUGCGACUUCGGGUCAGCAACAAGCGAGGCGGUGCGGCCGCUGCAGUGCGGGGUGCCUGCUGUGGAGGAGGACCUGGCCCGCUACACCACACUUGCUUACCGCGCCCCUGAGAUGGUUGAUCUAUACGCCGGGCACACCAUAUCCACCAAGGCUGAUAUAUGGGCACUGGGGUGUCUGCUCUACAAGCUCUGCUUCUUCUCCCUACCAUUCGGGGAGUCAGCGCUGGCCAUCACGUCGGGGAGCUUCAGCUUCCCCAGCGACAGCCCCGUCAAAUAUUCCCCCCAACUCCUCGCCCUCAUCCGCUACCUGCUGACGCCGGCCCCCGACGCGAGACCCGACAUCUUCCAAGCGGCGGGAGUGGCGGCGAGACUGGCGGGCGUCCCGAGCUUCGUUACCGCCAACCCCGCCGUCAGUUCUGAGUCUGGCGGGCCGUGGGAGUCUGCUGAGUGGCGGGAACCUGGGGCGUUGUGA